ACACUGGGAACAGCCACCCGGCGAAAUUCACUUAUCAAUUAUAAAUCGAAAGUUUCACUCGCAAUCAAAGUAAAGAAUCAAUAAAAAUGGCCAGCCAAGAGGAAUUUGAUAAAGCCGCCGAGAAUGUAAAGAAUUUAAAUUCAACACCAUCUGAUAAUGAUUUAUUGGAAUUAUACAGCUUAUAUAAACAAGCCACAGUAGGAGAUUGUAAUACAGAAAAGCCCGGUUUCUUGGAUUUCAAAGGCAAGGCCAAAUGGGAAGCAUGGAAUAACCGCAAAGGCACAACACAAGAGGCAGCGAAAAAUUCCUAUGUGGAAAAAGUUAAGUCUUUGGUUGAAGCUCAUGGACUAAAAGCUUAAUGAUAUAAACUCCCAAUGAUGUUAUACAAUUGAAAUUAAUAACCAAAAAUGCUAUUGAAUAGCAGUUUAAACUUUUACCAACAAUAUAUAAUAUUUGCUACAUUUGAAUUUUGCAAAAAAUACGAACACUCAUAAGUAAAAAAGCCGUCUACAUUCAAACGCACUUUAAUGCACAAUUUUUCUAUAGUUUAUUAACAUGAAAGUAGUAAUCUUUAUAAACUUUUGUAUAUUUUAAUAUAAAAAAAUAUAUGGACAACUUAGAACAACAA